AACUUCGUGGCUUAGAUUUAUGCCUACUAAAGCAGUAAUCGUUUUUUUUUUCAAAUUCAUUCAAGUAUCGGCCUUUGUAGUAUGCAUACGAGCUUUUACAAUAGUCUUUUUGCGACUUUAUAAUGCGCCACCUGGCCGAAGUUUGGGAAAACACUUUUAAAAUUUUAUCCCGUUAUCGAUUGUCAUAACUCAUAAUUGACUUACUAUACUGAACCGCGAAUUCUUCGACGUGCGUAUAAAGGCAUUGUUCACACAAGCAGCAUAUACGGUCGGAGUCGCAUAUAUAGUGACAGUCAUUUCUACCACUUUUGUGAACGCACCGACUGCAUCGAUUGAGCACUGCAGUCGUUCAGCCGUCAUGCGCACACUUUGUCAGUACUCAGUUUCGUAUAUACUCGAGCCCAACACGUGCGACAGUCAUACGGUGGCGUUUUCAUAUACCGGCUUAGCAACUUCCAAGUUCGAAUUUUUUAAUUUUUAAGUUCUUAAGUAAUUGUAAAAAAUAAAUAAUUGAUAUCAAAAUGACGAUUGGAUUCGAGAUCGUCGUUGGUACCUACGAACAGUUCGUCGUAGGUUACAAAGUUACAGAAGCGAAUGAUAAAUACAACGUUAAGUCGAGUUUUGCAAGUCAUGCACAUUUGUCCAGUGUAAGAAGUGUAGCUUCUAGAAGACACUACUUGGCUUCUGCCGGAGCUGACGAUUGCAUUUCUUUAUUUGACAUGCGUUCAAGAAUUCAAAGUGGCAGACUUGUUCAUCAUGACAACACUAUCAAUAGCAUAGAAUUCACUCCUGAUGGCAGCCACUUGAUAUCGACCAGCAGUGAUGGAUCAAUAGCUAUUGUGAGAUGCGGCAAUUGGCAGCUAGAAAAACUCUUUAAUAAGCCACACAAAGGUGAAGCAGUCGAUCUUUUGGCCAUACAUCCAUCUGGUAAAAUUUGCCUGACAACUGGUCGUGAUGGAGUUCUCAGAACAUGGAAUUUGGUAAAAGGCAGACAAGCUUACGCCACUAAUUUAGUAACUAGAUGGAAAAUGGAUGCUAAAUAUAUGAGUGUUUUAAAAUGGAGUCCUAGUGGUGACACAUAUUUGAUAGCUGGCAACAACAAACUUGAAGUAUACACAGUUGAAACUGCUGGUAUCAAACAGGACUUUGUAUUCGAAUCUAAAGUUGUGUGUGUUGAAUAUUUAGAUGAAGAAUUUGUGGCUGUUGGUCUAGAAGAUGGUAAGAUAAGUAUUCUUAAUAUAGAGACUGGUUCACUUGUUAAUGAAUUAAAAGCUCAUGAGUUACGAGUCAAAUGUAUGGCAAGACAUGAGAACAUAUUAGUUUCUGCAUCAAGUUCAGGAGAAAUAAAGUUGUGGGCCUUUGAAAAAGAUGAUUUGAAAUAUUUAAAUACAGCAAAAUGUGAUGGCAGAAUUACAUGUAUAACGAUUAUACCUCAAUCUAAAUCAGAUAAACUCAAAGAAGAAGAAAAUGUCAAAACAACAAAAAAGACAUCGGUUACAUUUUCAAAUAAAGACGAAGAUACAGAAGAAGAGGAAAUGAAUGAAGAAGAAGAGCAAGUCGAAGACACAGAAGAAGAAGAAAUGGAUGAACAAGAAGAGCAAGUCGAAAACACAGAAGAAGAAGAAAUGAAUGAACAAGAAGAGCAAAUUGAAGACACAGAAGAAGAACAAAUGGAUGAACAAGAAGAGCAAUUAAGAAAGUUAAGAAAAUAA